AUGCACAUGGCCAGGCCGGCGGUGAAGACGCUCACCGCCGGGCCACCGGAAGCCAAGGGCGAGUUCAUCCGUCUCUGCUCAAGCGGCCGCCUCAAGGAUGCCCUCCACCACCCCUUCCGGAACGUCCUCUGGUCGGACCCUACCCUCUUCGCCCACGUCUGCCGGGCCUGCCGCGCCAUCCCGCUCCUCCGCCAGCUCCACGCCUUUGCCGCCACCUCUGGCGCCGCCGCCGACCGCUUCACCACCAACAACCUCAUGCUCGCCUACGCGGACCUCGGCGACCUCCCCACUGCGUGCAGCCUGUUCGAGAGAAUUCCGAAGCUGAACGUCAUGUCCUGGAACAUUCUGAUUGGGGGUUACAUCAAGAACGGCGACCUUGGAAGCGCUCGGAAGCUGUUUGACGAAAUGCCCACGAGGAAUGUCGCCACCUGGAAUGCCAUGGUCGCUGGGCUCACCAAUGCAGGGCUUGACGAGGAUAGCCUGGGGUUCUUCCUGGCCAUGCGAAGGGAGGGAUUGCAUCCUGAUGAGUUUGGCCUUGGGAGCGUGUUCAGGUGCUGUGCCGGCCUCUCCGAUCUUGUCUCUGGGCGCCAGGUCCAUGCAUAUGUUGUCAGGUGUGGGAUGGACAUUGACAUGUGUGUUGGGAACUCGUUGGCUCACAUGUACAUGCGCUGUGGGUGCCUUGCAGAAGGAGAGGCCGUUCUCAAAGCUCUUCCUUCUCUUACAGUUGUGUCAUUCAAUACCACAAUCGCUGGUAGGGCGCAGCAUGGAGAUUCUGAGGGAGCAUUGGUGUAUUUCUCCAUGAUGAGAGGUAUUGGGCUAGCGGCUGACGUGGUCACAUUCGUCAGUAUUAUUACCUGCUGCUCAGACUUGGCAGCUCUCGCACAAGGUCAGCAAGUUCAUGCACAGGUUAUCAAGGCUGGAGUUGACAAGGUUGUUCCAGUCAUUACUUGCCUUGUGCAUAUGUACUCUCGAUGUGGAUGCUUGGGUGACUCGGAAAGAGUUUAUUCUGGUUAUUGUGGAUCAGAUCUUUUUCUUCUCAGUGCAAUGAUCUCAGCUUGUGGGUUCCAUGGGCAAGGACAUAAAGCAGUUGAGCUGUUUAAACAGAUGAUGAAUGCAGGGGCAAGACCUAAUGAGGUUACUUUCUUGUCCCUGCUAUAUGCGUGCAGCCAUAGUGGUCUUAAAGAUGAAGGCUUGGAGUUCUUUGAGCUUAUGACCAAGACUUAUGGAUUGCAACCAAGUGUGAAACACUACACUUGUAUCGUGGAUCUUCUUGGGCGAUCAGGUUGUCUGGAUGAAGCAGAGGCCCUUAUCUGUUCAAUGCCUGUACGUGCUGACGGGGUCAUAUGGAAGACACUGCUAUCUGCUUGUAAGACCCAGAAGAAUUUUGACAUGGCCGAGCGGAUAGCAGAGCGAGUCAUUGAGUUUGACCCUCGAGAUUCUGCACCUUAUGUUCUGCUAUCAAAUAUUCGAGCUACCAGCAGGAGAUGGGGAGAUGUCAGUGAGCUAAGGAAAAACAUGAGGGAGAAGAACGUGAGAAAGGAACCGGGUGUCAGCUGGGUAGAGCUUAAGGGUCAGGUGCAUCAGUUUUGCACAGGAGAUAAAUCUCAUCCAAGACAAGGAGAGAUCGAUGAGUACUUGGAAGAAAUGAUGGCCAAGAUCAGGCAAUGUGGAUAUGCACCAGACAUGAGCAUGGUGUUCCAUGAUAUGGAGGAUGAGGAGAAAGAGGUUAGUUUAACUCACCACAGCGAGAAAUUGGCGAUAGCAUUUGCGUUUCUGAGUUUACCUGAAGGAGUUUCUAUCCGAAUAAUGAAGAAUCUACGUGUGUGCGAUGACUGCCAUGUUGCUAUCAAGUUGAUGUCCCAGGUCACUGGCCGAGAGAUUGUGGUCAGAGAUGUAAGCCGCUUUCACCAUUUCAGAGAUGGCAAAUGCUCCUGUGGAGAUUAUUGGUGA